AUGCCCAGAACGUAUCACAACGGAUCAAGGUCGUCAUUUCGAAUCUGGACUUUUCAAAACGUCUCCACCUCUACAUUUGAGAUUGACCGUCUACGGACCACCAGUUAUCACCCACAAGCCAAUUGUAUGGGUCGAACGUUUUCACCGUCAUCUAAAAGCGGCCCAUCAUCUGGUCACCCGGAAUCAAGCUGGCUCCAAGCCCUCCCUCUAGUUCUGCUUGGUAUCCGAAACGUAUACAGAGAAGAUUUAACAACGUCCUCUGCUGAACUAGUAUACGGAGAACCCUUACGUCUACCUGGAUCACUCCUUGCCAGCCCUCCGGGGUUGGGACGCAGUGAAGACAUCUCUAACCUUGUUGUCAGGCUGCAACGUCAAACAUCUCGCCUUCAACCUGUCUCUGGCUCAGCUCACAGCAAACCUCAGACAUUUGUCUUCCAGGAAUUAUCAACAUGCACUCAUGUUUUCUUACGUGACGAUACCGUGCGUCGAGCCCUGCAACCUCCCUACAGCGGACCUCACAAAGUGCUCAGCCGUGACGACAAAACUAUGGACCAUUCCAGAUCGCAGAUAGAAGCUCUAAAGUAA